AUGAGGUUGGUAGAGAAUUGUACAUCUCUGAAUUCUCUGUUAAUCCACGAUGAAGGUAGCAGAGAGGGUUUGUUUCAUUUCAUUACUCAGAGCCGUUGUAAGUUGCAAAAACUUGAUUUACGUUUGCCUCUUGACCUCGAAGACAAUCACUUGUUGGCCGUGGCUGAGAAGUUCAGGGGGCUUAGGACUAUGGCGUUAGCCAUGAGUAAUGAGCUUGAAGAAUUGGCUUUGGUAAAUUGCAACUUGGAACCUGGAGUUUUGACCACUCUAGGACAGAAGUUUCGAAAUCUGAGGAAUUUGGACUUGUCUUACAAUGAGAUGUUGGCAGACGAAGAGUCUAUAUUGAUGCUUGCGUCAUGUAAUUGUUUGAGGGACUUGAAGGUGACGGUGUGUGAAGGAUUGACAAAUGCAUCCUUGGUUGCAAUGUUUAAUAGCUGUAAGCAGUUGGAGUUUGUAGAUAUAAAGAAUUGUCCUGGGAUAGGGGUAGAGGCUGUUGAGUUAUUUGUUUUGAAUUGUCUGCAGUUGGUUGUCUUAUAUGUUGAAGAGAGCAAGGUUUCAGACGUUUCCAGGUCUUGGUCUUCGAAGAAAUUCAUUUCUAUUGUUGCUGUUUGA